GUUUGGGUAAUGGGUGAUGAACCGGCCAAAGUUCGCAUCGCAGUUGUACAUAAGUACUUUGUAUCUACUGUUCCACAUCCCAGUCCGGCGAAUCCUCAUGCACUCCGGGCUGAGGAAUGCAACGGGUCUACCCCCGCAUGCGCGUGCCAAUCCGUGCUGCGGGCCAAUCCAAUCGUCUCGCCCGAAAAAAAAAAAAUCCCCGCCCCCGCAUCUCUCGCGGGGGCAGUGGCACUCAAUCCACUGUCUGUCUGUCCAGGUGUUUACAGUAUCAAAUCUCUUUACAUAAGUAAACACAACCUGCCUCCUUCGCCGUGCACUCCCCACCAGCUGCUCGUUUUCCACAGCAGAAUCCAGAUAUCGACAGCUUCGACAUGGAGACGACAAUGGAAGAAACGGUCGAGACAGCAGAGACGGUCGAGACGGUCGAGAUAAUAGAGGCGAAAUCACAAUACCAACACUUUAUCCCCAGGUUCGUUCUGCGGGAGUUCUCGGUGCCCGAGGACGAGGUUGCUGCUAGUAUUGCUGCUGCUACUGCUACUGCUACUUCGGCUGCUGGUCCUUCCGGAGGGGGGAGUGGGGGACCCGGAGGGACGGCGAAUAAAAGGCCCAAGAGAGGGAAUAGGAAGAAGAAGCCCGGGAAAAAGAAGAAGGCCAGUGGUGGCGGCAAUGGAGGGGGUGGAUCAUCGGCGGUGGAUAAGAUUGCCGAGGCAAUGGAAGGUGUGAAGUUGGAAGAGGGCGAGGACGAUAAGAAGGUGGAGCAAGAGGUGGAGAAGGGGGAGGAGAAACCACUGCUGGAUAAGGGAAAAGGAAAGGCAAUCGAUACCAAAGAUGCGGAUCAAGGACGGCGUCGCCGGCCCCGUGCCCGGAAAGAAGACCCCCGCAACCCGCUCAUCAAAUUCUUCAACCUAAACACCGGAGAAAUCGAGCACAAUCGCGUAGGUCGCGCCUACGGGCACCAGGAUAUGUACCGCGACGUCACCGCCAGUGACGCCAAUCACAUUGAGAAGCAACUUUCCGUUCUAGAGCAGAUAGCAUCCCGCGCCAUCAACCGUAUCAAAGACUCACAGAAGAUGGGGGCCUCAUCGGUGAACCUCACGCGGACCGAACUCAACACCAUCCGCAAAUUCCUCUUCGUCAUGAAGUAUCGCAACAACCGGUUCUGGCGGAAAUACAACUGCGGGUCCAUGGCGGCGUACGAUGAGGUCGACAAAGCUGAAGUGCAGAAGUUUAUGCGGCGGCGGGGCUUCAAAAAUCCCGGCGAGGUGUGGUUAUGCACCAUCAAAGCCAUCUUGGAUACACAGAUCGAUCCGGAGGGAAAGUGGAAAACGACGGUACUGGAGAAUGCAUUCGAACACGAUGCGUUAUGGUUCAUCUUCAACAUGACGGAGUCAUACCUCAAUUUCUGUACACCUGAUAACCCGGAGCAGGAUGAAUUCAUCGUUACAGAGAACGGCUUUGGCAUCCAUGAAGGUCCCUCGAUGCAUAGUGUAUCCAUCGAUCCCGGCACCGGUUCCAAAAAGGUCCAGAGCGGGACAUACACCGAAUACCAUAAACUCGCCCCGCUGUCACCAAAGCUCCUCCUCGUCCUACGAUCAAAUUAUCUCCGCCCGGGAAGCGAAGAGGCCCUGCGAGUCAUACGUGCGCGCCCCAACGUGCCGAACACUCCCAGUCUGUUUGAAGACCUCCAACUUGCCCCCGCAACAGCAAGCUACGGCUCUUUCAUCGGCCCAAACGAGGAACUCAGCGAUGACCACGUGUUCACGUUCUCGAUCCAGAAGAUCUCGCGGAAGUGGGUGAAUGACUUCAACGCCAUAGCACUCGAGGAGGCUCGGGCGUCGAUUUCCUGGAAAUCAGAUAUGGCGAUGCAGAGGACGUUACGGGCGUAUCUCGAGCAUCCAAAGUUUCCGCCAAUGGCAGCGAUGAUGGCGGAACUGAAGAGGGAUGCGAAGGUGCGGUUACUUACCUUGCUGGGUGGAGACACGACGUCGGUCCUAAAGCCUAUGGUGUUGACGGGGGAUUUGACGGAGGAGAUGGCGGAGAAGCUGAGGCGGAAGAUGGAGAAGGGAAUGCCAGAAGACAUGAAGCGGGAGAUGCAGAAUAACGUGAAGCUUGCACCGUACUACAAACUGGGUGGAACCCCCGCACGCCUCAUGCCUGACAUGGACCGCGCCAAAACAAUAACCACGCAGCGCUCCGCCUCCGCUGACCGCUCGCGGAAGGGCCCACAGUACCUCGAAGCUCGCAAUGCCAACUCCCGCAGGGAGAUGAUGACCCUAUCCAAGCUCCCCAGCACCGUUAUCUUCUGGCAUGUCAAGCAGUGGCGGAUGAACGCGAUGGUUAAUAAGUACAAGGCCACCGGAAUGACAUUGAGCCCGGAAGAAACGGUCACACUGGGGAUGGAAGGGCCUGAGGAUUGGAUUGCUGAGUUGGCUGCAGUCAUAGAGGAGAAACAUAGAUCCCGCCUCAUGCUGGAAGCUUCGUUGAAAACGUUUUUCCGCCAGAUAAAGAUGGAAUCAGUAGUGAUGAUGGGAAUGGAUGUGGAAGAUAUGACGUAUAUGAUGAUGGAAAACGAGCUGGAUCUGUUUAAACAAUGGGGCGGGAUAUCAAGUUCUUGUGAGCAAAUCCGUUUACCCCAAUUACUCCUUCCGUCAUUGACCGAUCAUACUAGGCUUCGUCGAGGGCUAUCCAGCCCUCCACACCAACCUCGCCGCAGCGAUAAUGGAUCCACGGCGAAGCAAGAAGACGGAAGCUAAGAUUCCAGACCAAUUCAUCCAAGAUCUAACACUAUGUAGCGCUCUGAGGCAGAGCAAAGCAAUACAGAAUACGCUGUGCUGCGGUGCUGGGCAGGAUAGGGAACGGAAGCUGCUCGGGAAGUUGCUGUGGGAGGCACUCUAUUGGCUGCCAACGGAAAAUGACCCGCAUAUGCCGAUUUUCGGAAUAAAGAGCGAACAGAUAACGCGGGAGGGGCCCUUUGGUCUCGGUUGGCUGGCAAAUUUGUACGCGACGCUGACACAGCCCAGCGCCGAGCGGUGAAUGGAAUGCUAUCUAGCUAGGGCAUUAGGUACUUAACUAGAGUAACUUUAAUGGCGACUUGUUGUCU